AUGUCUUCUCAAAAAAUCUUGACUCCUGAAUCUCAGUUGAAAAAGAAUAAAGCUCAACAGAAGACUGCAGAACAAACUGCAGCAGAAAGAGCUGUCCGUAAAGCUGCCAACAAGGAAAAGAGAGCUAUCAUUUUGGAAAGAAACUCUGCUUACCAAAAGGAAUACGAAACUGCUGAAAGAGACAUCAUCCAAGCCAAGCGUGAUGCAAAGGCUGCUGGUUCCUACUACGUCGAAGCUCAACACAAGUUGGUCUUUGUUGUCAGAAUCAAGGGUAUCAACAAGAUCCCACCUAAGCCAAGAAAGGUCUUGCAAUUGUUAAGAUUGACCAGAAUCAACUCUGGUACUUUCGUGAAAGUUACUAAGGCUACUUUGGAAUUGUUGAAGUUGAUCGAACCAUACGUUGCCUACGGUUACCCAUCCUACUCUACUAUCAGACAAUUAAUCUACAAGAGAGGUUUCGGUAAGAUCAACAAGCAAAGAAUUCCUUUGUCCGACAACGCUAUCAUCGAAGCUAAUUUGGGCCAAUACGGUAUCUUGUCCAUAGACGAUUUGAUUCAUGAAAUCAUAACUGUCGGUCCACACUUCAAACAAGCUAACAACUUCCUGUGGCCAUUCAAAUUGUCCAACCCAUCCGGUGGUUGGGGUGUCCCAAGGAAGUUUAAGCACUUUAUCCAAGGUGGUUCCUUCGGUAACCGUGAGGAAUUUAUCAAUAAGUUGAUCAAGGCUAUGAACUAA